GUGGGAACACAUGGCUGCAUGCAUCAUAUCAAAGACACCUGCUACUCUGCUGGUUAAUUAAUCAACCAUCUUCUCGUUACAAACAACAAAGACAUAUUUUACGUGUUUUAAUCUAUCAUGGUCAAAGAAGUAGGCCUACAAGCGCCAAAGAAGAAGACGUCAACUGUCAUUUUCAGAUCAAAUGGAGAGACAUGUGCCCAACAACAUGGACCAGCUUGCCUUCAAAUACAUGAUGUGUAAAGUGUCCAGCUCUGAUUCUGACUCCGAGAUCAGUCCAAGGUUGUCGGACACCAGCACUAUGGGUUGUGUGAGCAGUACACCAGAGAGUUUGACUUUUCGGCGGACAUUGCCAUUAACUCAAAAGCCUGCAGGAAGGUAUGGCUGUUGCUCUUUGUUGUCGGACCCAUAUGAUGGGAGCUCUGAGGAUUCUGAUGAGCCAAACAUCAAUGUCUCCAGCAGGCGAUUCAAGCAGCAGGGAAAAGGUGGAGGAGGAGGCUGUCGGUUCUCGGGCAGGAGCAGAAGGUUUAUCAAUCAUCCUGCUUCUGUUUCCCUAAGGGAUGUGGAGAAAAAUGGCAUGAGAGAUGCUGUAUCAGACAAAGAUGUCCAGAUGAAAUGUGGGAGUGACUCUGAGAUGUGUGAUGAUUACAUUUUGACCUCAGACAGAGACGGGGAUGGUGGUAGAGCUCUUUCAGAGCAAAUGGCCGAAGAUUCAACAAUGCAAUCCCAAACCAUGGAUGUAGCUUUGCACUGUCAACUAGAUGAUUCCGGCUCUCAUGCUACUAGAUAUUCCACGCCUCACACACCUGCACCUGUAACCCCAGCAGAAGUGAGUUUGUCCCAGGCGACAGAUCUCUCUGAGAGCUCCCCCUGCCCCCUCAGGUCGCUUUACAAGAGAAAGAUGGGUUUCCCUGGAGCAGAAGUGGUUGAGCUGGGGCAAAGAAAGAGGCAGUGUGUUGUCAACAUGGAGGACCAACAGGAAGAAAGGGACUCUGCAUCUGAAACAUGUUCGAGCCAUCUUACCAUGGACUGACACACUGAAGUACUGCAGUCAUAUCAGUGCCUUAAACAAGUUAAGGUAGAAUGAAAGACUAUAAAUAGUUACUUGACAAUGCACUUUGUUUACUCAUGUAAAAAGAUCAGACGAUUUAUAUUUAUAUCUCCAGUUAUUUUGAGUGUCUGAAAUCUGUCACAUGUGUUGAUUGUUCUUAGGCGGUCAUUCUUUUUGUUGGGAGAAUUACCAUUGUCACGUCAGUCUCCAUUAUGGACUGAAGAACAACCUAUGCACUGGCAAUACAGAUACUGUAUUUCUUCCAUAGACCAAUUAAAGAAAAAAGAAGUUCUGUGAAAGACUUAAAAUGUAUUGGUUGUUUUCCCGCACAAAAGCUUAAAAAGUAUUUACUGCUAGAAAGUGGCAUUCAGCAACCAAAGCGCCACUGAACUUUAGCUAGUGGUGCCCUAAUUAAAAUUAAGUGUGAAAUGACAAGCUGAAGUUUUCUUUUCUAAAUAUGUAUCUCAAUAUCAAAUAUUUCACAAGUAUUCACUAGUUUCAACCAUUGUUUUGAAGCCAUUUGUUUAGUUUUUAGAUAGGCACAAAUGAAAAACUAAAUAUGGUUUAGUCUUGAUAGUGUGAUUUGUUUUGCCACAUGUUAGAAAAAUCUCAUAACCUAAGGUUUGUUUCAGUCUUCUUUGUAUUUUCCAAUGGUAAAGCUGACUUUCUCCUUCAAUCUACCUUUUCUUGAGCAAAGACAAGUUCAUCCAAACCAACAGGUGGCAGUAAUCCACUGAACUUAAUAUUUGUACCUUAUCCUACUCUGGUUAGUUUGGCCUUCUGUAUCAUUUUUUAUAUUGAAUAGGAAAUAAUGAGGUCUAGCAAAUACAACAUUUUUUAUUGUACUUUAAUGAAGUUAAUAUAGAAGUGAUUGGGUAAAUU